UAAGUAGCGCUUUCGAUAGCGUACCUCAACUUGUAACUACACGCUUGAUUCGGCUCAUAUUCUAGGUGGUAAAUUCAAUCGGGGUACAGAUCGUCAAACCAUGAUUUUGGAAGUACUUCUAACUGUUAUGUGGGUGCUCGGCCUGACAGCUCUAGUACGAUGGCGAAAGAAGAAGUUCAGCGUUUUCAAAGAAAUGGGAGUGGAUGGUCCAGAACCCAACCUCAUCUGGGGAAACAUACUUGAAUACGACGGAAAGAAACGAGUGCCAGCACUGACGGAAUGGGGAAAGAAGUACGGCGAUGUAUUUGGGUUCUACAACGGGGACAUUCCCACGUUGGUGGUAAAAGAUUUAAAUUUGCAGCAGCGCAUCUUUAUCAGCGACUUCACAGACUACACAUACCGUGGCUCUACCAUGCGAACGGAUGAGCAACAUCCCUACUUGGGGACGAGUCUCUUGCACACGAGAGGCAUCCAUUGGAAGAAGAAUCGCGUAUGUACAAGCCAGGGAAUGACAACUUACAAGUUCAAGCAGAUGUGGCCUCAUUUUCAAAACGUGGCUGACGAAUUCAUUGAGAUAUUGAGCCAUAAAGCGGACACCGGAGAGGAGGUUCAUAUGGAGAAGCCCUUCCAAGCCUUGGCUAUGGACUACGCGGGGCAGGCCGCUUUCGGAGUUCACCACUCCUUUCAGCGGGACAUGGACAACCCUUUCUUACAACGAGCCGCAGAGGUCUUUCCAGGAGUAAUGAGAGGACUUUUUCACAACAUAGCACACUGCACUACGACUUUAGGAACCAUUAUGACACCCUUGCUGUGGCUACACUCGAUGCUGGGAACAUUUACGUAUUACGUCUUCGACAAACACGUAUAUCAGGUUGUGGACCAGCGUAAAAAGGGCAAUCUGAAACGAAGUGACUUACUGCAAAGUAUUCUGGAUGCCGAAGUACCACAGGAGAAGCUGAGCUCUGGAGAGCUCAACAACAACGAUGUCAAGAAGGAUCCAAAGAUGAUAUCCGCGGACGAUGUCGCAGUGAAUGCCACCAUUCUACUUGUCGCCGCCUUCGGGACAACCUCGACAACCCUGAGUUAUUUGAUCUACGUUAUGGCGAAGUACCCGGACAUACAGGAAAAGAUGAAGGAAGAAGUUGAAGCAGCCCUGAGAAAGUCGGGUGAGCUAGAUUACAACACAGUCAUGGGCUUGACGUACGUCAACCAGGUCAUGCAAGAAACUCUCCGCAUGUACCCUCCUGUAAUCAUUUUCACCACGCGGGAGGCGGAGACGGACAAAGAAGUGAAUGGCCUCAAGAUACCUGCAGGGACUACUAUCAUGGCCCCCACAUACCAAGUACACAUGGACGAAAAAUAUUGGCCCGAACCGGAGAAAUUCGACCCGGAUAGGUUUAGCCCUGAGAACAUGAAAACUCAGCAUCCGCUGGCAUAUCAGCCUUUUGGAAUGGGACCAAGAAACUGCGCUGGCAUGCGACUUGCCAUCGUGGAAAUCUUGUAUACAGCCGCCAGAAUGGUGCUUGAAUACCGUGUGGAGCUAGGGGAAAAGCAACAGGGAGAAAUGCAUCUGGAUUUCUACGCUAUGGUGUCAAGACCGGACAAAGGGCCCUGGAUAAAGUUCUUCAAGAGGAAAACAGAAAGCUCCGUAUCUGCGUGACGAAAAGUUCGUUUCUCCAAAGCACCGUUACGGUGUGUGAUUCCAUGUAAUCGAAGGCGACAACUACCAACUGGUACAGAAUCACCAUAAACACACCCAGCGGGUAAAUCGUUAUUCGAAUGUAUGAUAGAUCCACGUGUAUAUUUCAUAUAAUAAAGAAUCUUGACUAACAACA